CAUUUGUAUGUGAUUUGUGCCUGCGACUCUCUAGCCACAUUCAGCUAUAAGAUAUAUUAAAAUAAAUAAGUCAAAUAUAAACAAUUUUAAUUAAAUAAUGGUAUGAUAAAUACGUGAGACGUGAAUAGAAAUAGACACAUAACACAUCCCAGUGUUUGUAAUUAACAACUAAAGACCCUAACCUCUCUUUGCUGUAGUUCAUAUUUUCAAAAUGUCAAAGCCUGGCACUUCCUCAGAUUCCCAAAAAAGUGUUUCUCAAAAAACAUGGGAAAUGUCCAACAAAAUUGAGAACAUAAGUUCAGUAGACGAGAUUUAUCGUUACGAUAAAAAGCAACAGCAAGACAUUUUGGCAGCUAAACCGUGGGAAAAGGAUCCCCAUUUUUUUAAGGACAUUAAGAUUUCGGCUUUGGCGUUGUUAAAAAUGGUGAUGCACGCUCGAUCGGGCGGUACAUUAGAGGUCAUGGGUCUACUUCUUGGGAAAGUUGAUGGUAAUACCAUGUUUGUAAUGGAUUCGUUUGCUUUGCCAGUGGAGGGUACAGAAACCCGAGUAAAUGCGCAGGCUCAGGCAUACGAGUAUAUGAGUUCAUACAUUGAUGCUGCUAAAUUGGUUGGUCGGCAAGAAAAUGCAAUUGGGUGGUACCAUAGCCAUCCAGGAUACGGAUGUUGGCUGUCGGGUAUCGACGUUAGCACUCAGAUGUUGAAUCAAAACUUCCAGGAGCCAUUUGUCGCUAUCGUAAUAGAUCCUGUCAGAACCAUUUCGGCAGGAAAAGUGUGCCUGGGAGCAUUUCGAACUUAUCCCAAGGGUUACAAACCGGCAAACGAGGAACCUUCAGAAUAUCAAACGAUUCCUUUAAAUAAAAUUGAAGACUUCGGAGUGCACUGUAAGCAGUACUACUCCCUCGAAGUUUCCUACUUUAAGUCUGCUUUGGAUCGUCGCUUGUUGGAUUCAUUAUGGAACAAGUACUGGGUGAACACGUUAAGUUCCUCAAGUCUUCUGACCAAUGCUGAUUACACAACCGGACAAAUUUUCGACUUAUCCGAGAAACUGGAGCAAUCCGAAGCAGCUCUGGGACGUGGUGGAUUUAUGGUCGGCGGUAGCGAUCCCCAUGAAAAGAGAACAGAAGAUAAACUUUUAAAGGCAACAAAAGAUAGUUGUAAGACUACCAUUGAGAUUAUUCAUGGACUGAUGGCUCAAAUGAUUAAGGAUAGAUUGUUUAAUAGCACUUGUCCUAAGUCUUCUGUUUAGUUUUAGAUGAUAAUUUUGUAUGCAACUUUCAAAUGUACACAAAAAUACAUAAUUUUGCUUUGAUGUAUUUAAA